AUGCGUUUCUCAUCCGCCAUUGUUCUGUCUUCAGCCGCUCUGGGCUACGCCCUUGAUGCCAAGUGCGCGCCUGGCGGCAACUUCGACCUGACCAAGUUCACCCUGCAGGAGCCCGUUGGCGAGGACAAGCACCCUAAGCAGGUCGGUGGCGACAAGCUCAAAGGCUGCAAGGGCUACAGUGAUGAGUGGUUCAAGACCGACAGCAACGAUGGCACCAUGGUUAUGAAGGUCCCCGAGUCCAGCAAGUGCGUCACUACUCAGAACAGCAAGCACUGCCGCAGCGAGCUUCGCGAGAACGGCUCCUGGAGCCCCUCUGCCAGCGCCAACCGCCUCUUUGCCGAGGUUCAGGUCACCAAGAACGAGGGCGAGAUCUGCGUGGGCCAGAUCCACGUCGACGACUCCGUCUCCCACAAGCCUGUUGCUGAGCUCUACCUGAGCCACACCGGCGACCUCAACUUUGGCGUACAGGAGUGUGCCACCAACGACUGCACCCAGAAGCGUGAGCCUGCCGGCAAGGUCGGUGCCAACUCCAAGUUCACCUACGAGAUUCGCUACGAACACGGCAAUCUCUCCGUCAGCAUCAACGGCGCCAACUUCAAGCAGUUCAGCACACACAAGCUCAACAACCCCAAGAGCUACUUCAAAGCCGGCAACUACAACCAGGGCACCAAGGCCUCUGAAGUCCACUUCUCUCAGCUCCGCAUCACCCAUUAA